AUGGCUGACUCGUCAUCGUCAGAGUCACCUCGGUCUACAUCCGAUAUUGAGGCUCAGGGCGAGCCUUCGGAUCCCAAGACCCACGUGCUUCCAGGACCAUACAGGGGGGCAUCUCCUGAUGAUAUUCCCGAUGUCGUGGCAAACUACCUGCAGCAGGCUGGCUUCCUACAUGUCUCCCGCAUGCAGCAUGUUCAGAUUGAUCCCAUGCUGAUCAGUGCUCUGGUGGAGAGGUGGAGACCAGAGACACACACGUUCCACAUGACACAAGGCGAGAUGACCAUUACGUUGCAGGAUGUUGCGGCUAUAUUGGGAUUGCCGACUAAUGGGAAAGUGGUUACGGGUGCUGCGGAUUCACAACAGGUUAUAUUUUUUACUAAGGCACACAUUGCGCGUAUGUUAGGAUCAUGGCUUCUCUGCGACAAAUCUGGAGGUAGCGUUAUCGGAUGUCGCUACAUUGCGUUGCUUGCAGGAGAUUUUGAUGACAUUGGUCAAUACAGUUGA